GGCUGGGAUUCCCUUUACUAGUCUUCCAUCCUGUUAAAUGCUUCGUAAACCAGAGCAAAGGAAGAGGCUCAGAAGAAUUGAAUUACACUUCCUUGUUGGAACUGGGUGGAAGUCCUGGAGAUGGAUCUCUUAGGAGACUGUCUUCAAGUUGGGUUAGAUGCCAAGGAAAAAUGGAUCCCUCCAGCUACCUGGAAGAAGACUAUUCCAGCCUGGAUGGGCUGGAUGAUGAUGUGUUUCACUCUGAUGACUUUGGACUCGCAGGUCAGCCUGGUGAGAUGACCUCUACUGGCAUUUUCACACAGAACCAGUCCUACAGCUGCCUUUUGGGGAGAUUUCAACUUUUCCCACUCACUCACUGCUGUGGUCCUGGCAGCAGGCAUGCUGAACAGCAGGAUAAGGCAACUCAAACACUCAACCCAUCCUCUUCCAGUCAGGAUGUAAUGUUGCCUUGUGGAGUCACUGAAGAGCCUCAGAGACUCUUCUAUGGGAACGUUGGGUACCGUUUACGUGUUCCCCCAGUUGGCUUUGCUCUGAGUCCACACCUCCAAGAGGAACAUCAGGAAGGUCACCAAGAAGUACGUGCUGAGGUCCAAAUUGCACGGAAAUUACAGUGUAUUGCAGACCAGUUCCACCGGCUCCAUGUACAAAGGCAUCAGCAGAACAGAAAUCAAGUGUGGUGGCAGAUACUUCUCUUCCUACAUAAUUUGGCCUUAAAUGUGGAGGCAAACAGGAAUCAAGCAGGUCAGAGGUGAGACUCAUCCACCUGUUCCAGGUCCAGUCUGCAGGGAGCACUGAACAAACACUGGUUUGGAGGAGAGAGACGCAUGCCGCCGGACGGAUGUGAGGACUUUGAAACUCUUAUGAUCAUCUGACAAAGUUUUUUUUUUGUUUUUUGUUUUUUAAGGACUCUUCUUUGUUGCUUCCUGCCUCCCAUGGUUGGGAGCUCUUGUCUAACACUGUUGAAGGAAAGUCUUAGAAUGUGGAUGUGUUUGGUAAAGCUUGCUGCUCAAUCCUUGAAUCAGAAACCUCUAUGCAAGCAAGGCAGAUACUAAACUAACAGAUUCCUCUGCUCUCUUUUGUUAGUUGAUGGAGUGCAGCAUUUUGUCAGUUUGACUGCUGGCUAAAGAUGGGGUCUGGGACCACUGACUUUAACUAUAUUUUGAAUAUCUUUCCAAUUAAAAAUGUAGUCUCCUCGCUGGGAUAGCCUUGAAAAAAGUUAUUUUUUAGAAACAAUGACAAGGAAGUGGCUUUAUAUUUCACAGCUGAUGGAACACGCUUCAUUUCCUUGCAUUUUUAUUACUAGUGAGAAUUGAAUGAAAAUCUUGUUUCUUUUAAUGGUUUCAUUGGCCUCUGCAAAUCCAUCACAUGAAGUUGUUCCUUGUCAUUAUCACCAAGAAAUGGAAUUGUUUGUAUAAGAAGAAUGUUCUCAAAAUCUUCCAGGAAGUAUCGAUGGCUUUUCUGUAUCUUUGUGCAAAGGUCGGGUACACAAUAUACUGUGCCCAUUAGCCAGGAUGGAGCUGAUAAAAACUGAAUAUAAUCUAAGAAUCAUUCUUCUAGAACUGCUGAUCUCUACACUUCCAUUAGUCCUCUGGUUUUUGUUUUUCCCUCUUUGUUAUCAUGCGCUUGGUCAAAAAAUUUAAAAUCCCAGGCAUCUGACAUGUUUACUUCAUAUUUGACUGGGAAAUUAGCUGGCAAUUAGUUUGAUUCCCAUAGACGGCAGGUUUGAACAAGCAGUUAGUCCAUUGUUCCACUGAGUAAUCCUGGAAGCUGGUGUUAGUACACAAUGACUGGUGGCAAAGAUAAUACUUGGAAUGCAAGCUCCAAGCAGCCUGUGAUUUGUGAUUCUUCAGGAGUUUUUAAAUGCAUGUAACUGUCAGUUUUGGAAUAGGAUAGGGAGAAUUAUCAACCAAAGGAACUUUUUGUGUAUGUGUAGUCUUAAAUAUUAUCAGUAGAACUAAAAGAACAAAUGCAAUGACAAAUUCAGUAAGGGAAAUGCAAUAGGGUCUCUGCUUUGUUCAGACCGUUUCUCUACUUGCCUUAGAAAAUAUAAAUCACAAAUUAGAAAGCUAGCUUGAGGAGAAUCUGUUUGGAGAGUGAUUUAGUCAUCCUAUGAACAUCAGCACAAAUUAUUGUAGGGUUCUUGAGUUCCUAAUGUGCUGUAAAGAACAGUGAACACCAAAGCAUUACUGUAUUAGAAAAGCAGGAGGUUUUGCACAUAUUUCUUUUCCUCGUUUUUCCCCUCUCUUUUUGCUUGCUCUUCUUUGAGAACCCCUUUCUGUCUCUCACAUUUGUAAUGAUCCAGUUCCCUUGCUCUCUCAUCAUUGCCUUAAAGUGCCUGGUAACAGUAUGUACUACAGUUAUGUUUGGACUCAGCCCCAGCACUUGACUGGCAUUCUGUUCUUCCAUGGCAGGAUUUGUCUAGCUUCCAAACCAGCUCCCUGGAGUUUUUUGGCUUAUGCAUCUCUGCAGUGAUCGUCUUUCAGUACAAGCAGGUUUCCUCAUGUGAAAUGAUUAUUUUCCCUCCUAGCUGGAGGAAGAGUAAUAUGUUUAUCCAGAGUUAAGAGCUACAAUUCUCAGCUCAACUUUGCUUUUUUUUUAUUUGAGUAUGUGUGCUACAGAGUUAGUCAGUAGGGUCUCCCUUGCUAGCAUAUCUAUAAUUCAGUUUUCAAUCGGGGAAACUUUUACUGCUUAAAGCAGGGGUUGGCAACCUUUUCUAAUGGCAGAAGAGUGCUUGCAACCCAGCCGCUACUGCAGGCCACCGAUCCCCCAGCUGCCUUAUGUGGAGGGCUGUUCUCUUACUCCCCUAAUGUGACCCCAAGUAAAAAAUGUGCUUCUGAAAGCCAUGGUGAAGGACAACCUGGAGCAGCUAAUUUGGCAGUGACAGUAAGUACAGCCUACCUUAGGAGGGCUAGAGAGCAACCCUCUCUGCACAUAAAGGGGUAAUCUGGAAGGGCAUCAGGGGACAAGUAUAUGGUUAAAAAAACAUAGGCUAGAACAGAUCUUUGUGAGCAGGAUCCAGUCUUUGUGGGCCAGAUGUAGGCCACAGGCCUUAGGUUGUGGACCCCUGACUUAAGAAGCUUUGUACUUAGGCUGUCUACAGAGAAAUGUUUGGCUCAGGAAGAGAUGGAGCUCCCUGGCCAUGAUGCCCACUGCUAACAAUAGAUUUAUCAAACUACACAUCACAUCUCAGUGUCUUAAGUUAGAAUCCUUUGGUUCUGUGUUUUCAGUGAAGGGUGAAAUAUGCCACUUGAAUGCAGAUGCUGGACUUCCUCUAGACAAGGUCAGACUUCCUGCAAUACUUGUGGUGCUGCUGAAAGCUAGAAACGUGACAACCACUGAUGCUCUUUUUAAAGAACCUCCCAUAUUUGCGUAUAUUGGAGGUUAAAAAAAU